CGAGUUCAGGUAGCGGGCGCGCGCGGCCGGGCUACCGUCCUCCCCCAACAACCGCCUGCUCGGGGGCGCCUGGGGAGGGAGCGCGCGGGCGGGGGAGCUGGAGCCGAGCGCCGCCGCCGAAGCUUCCGUCUCGCUCGCUCGCGCAGCGGCGGCAGCAGAGGUCGCGCACAGAUGCGGGUUAGACUGGCGGGGGGAGGAGGCGGAGGAGGGAAGGAAGCUGCAUGCAUGAGACCCACAGACUCUUGCAAGCUGGAUGCCCUCUGUGGAUGAAAGAUGUAUCAUGGAAUGAACCCGAGCAAUGGAGAUGGAUUUCUAGAGCAGCAGCAGCAGCAGCAGCAACCUCAGUCCCCCCAGAGACUCUUGGCCGUGAUCCUGUGGUUUCAGCUGGCGCUGUGCUUCGGCCCUGCACAGCUCACGGGCGGGUUCGAUGACCUUCAAGUGUGUGCUGACCCCGGCAUUCCCGAGAAUGGCUUCAGGACCCCCAGCGGAGGGGUUUUCUUUGAAGGCUCUGUAGCCCGAUUUCACUGCCAAGACGGAUUCAAGCUGAAGGGCGCUACAAAGAGACUGUGUUUGAAGCAUUUUAAUGGAACCCUAGGCUGGAUCCCAAGUGAUAAUUCCAUCUGUGUGCAAGAAGAUUGCCGUAUCCCUCAAAUCGAAGAUGCUGAGAUUCAUAACAAGACGUAUAGACAUGGAGAGAAGCUAAUCAUCACUUGUCAUGAAGGAUUCAAGAUCCGGUACCCCGACCUGCACAAUAUGGUUUCAUUAUGUCGUGAUGAUGGAACGUGGAAUAAUCUGCCCAUCUGUCAAGGCUGCCUGAGACCUCUAGCCUCUUCUAAUGGCUACGUAAACAUCUCUGAGUUCCAGACCUCCUUCCCGGUGGGGACUGUGAUCUCCUAUCGCUGCUUUCCCGGAUUUAAACUUGAUGGGUCUGCGUAUCUUGAGUGCUUACAAAACCUUAUCUGGUCGUCCAGCCCACCCCGGUGCCUUGCUCUGGAAGGAGGAAGACCUGAACAUCUUUUCCCUGUCCUUUAUUUCCCACACAUCAGGUUGGCAGCUGCUGUGCUUUAUUUUUGCCCUGUGUUAAAGUCCUCUCCCACCCCAACACCUACCUGUUCCUCUACUAGCACCACCACAUCUCUGUUCUAAAUGUUGUUCUCCUGCAAUAAAGGACGUUUGAAUUAAACAUUCCAUUUUUAUCCUAUACUGUAUUUCACCAUGAUCUGCACACCUGUUAGUGCAUCAAGAGAAGAACCAACUGGCAUUGUUUUGAAGGUGUUAGAAACAUUGGCCUCUUUAUUUUAGUGUGUAUCUCAGAGGUGGGACUGGCAAAGCUCUAUUUCACGUCACUAAGACAUCCCUAAAAUGGACACAAAUGCUGGUGUGUGGUGUCCGUCGGGUGAAGCCAUGAGGCUAUGAUAAAACUAUUAUCAUGUCUCACCUUUUUUCCCCCACUGAAAAAUGAGACCAGACACAGCAUGAAUAUUGCAGCUCAUUGCCAACAGGAGAGAAGCGGACAGGGAACCACCUCUGGUUUAUUGUGAAAACUUUGACAUUUCCCUUCACUCAAAUAGCAAAUGUUUAUCAAGAAUCAUGCUGGAUGCUACAGGAGUUAGAAAAACUCUAGAGACAUGGCCCCUGCUCUCAAAGAGUUUAUGAAUCUGUACAAGUAUUAGGCAUGUAAAAUGCACAAAGUGCGCAGGAACUCCAAGAUCACUGCCUGUGCACUCAGGGAAGGCUUCCCAAAGAGGCUGGUGUUUGUGUUGGAAUUAAAUCUGCAUAGGAGGAAAUAGCCAGAGGGAGGGUGAGGAAAGGACACUAAAUUGAAAGGAGGCUGGACAAUGAGGGAAGGCUUAUUUGGGGAAAUUGCAGUCUUAUAGCAGCCCCAUCCAGCCCAGCUCAGGCCAUUCUUGGCCAACACAGGGAAGACUUCAGGUCCCAUGCCUCAGCACCCCAUCCUUUGGUCCCGCCUCCCCACAUGUAGCCCACCUCUGGGAAGUUCCACAAGAGACUAAGUAUGGUAAAAACUGGACUCUGCUGCCUUUUGGGUAGGUAGGAAUUUUCCAGCUAGUCUGAAAAGAGCCGUAACCCUCUGUCAUGAAACAAGGAACAGAGACUUCACACCUUGGGGACAGGAAUCAUCCGUUUCUGGCUGAGUGUCAGCAGAGCCUUUCUUGGAUUCUGCCUGUAACCACUGAAUGUCCAGACUCCAAGCCUCACAAAAGCCCUGUUGCUAAUAAUGUCUAAAGUAAGAAACAUUAAGAAAAAUGGAGUUGCAGAAGGAUCUUUGUUCAUGCCACCCACAGGUUUUCCCUGGGUGUGUUUCCCUUAGAACUAGCAACUGACGGGAUAUGAGUCACAGGCUGAGCCUAAAGGAGUUCUAAGAUAAGAACAGAAAAAAGUGCCAUAGCCCGGUCCACUUUUACUCACCGGAAUUUCUAGGAACACACAGGUUAUUUCAAACGCCAACCAUGUGGCCGUUGUUCACGGGGCUGUUUGCCAUGUGUCUGAGGCCUCUGGGUGUGGGAGUGUGUCCAUCCGUCUGUCUGUCUGUCUGUGUGGAACUGUCUGUCUGUUAGGUAGGGAAGGUGUAGAGAGGAGACAAUAGCAGUACUCAGUCGAGCCUCAUAGUGAGAGGCUGUGUUAGGUGAGAGGUGGAAGUCCCCUAAGCCAUGGGUAUUUUUAUAUUGGGAUUUUUAAAUAAGCCUCCCUAAGUUUAUAAUUAAUAAUACUUUUGUUGUUGUUUCCUUCCAAGUUAAAAGAAACGCUCCCACCCCCUACCCUCACCACACCACAUGGGGUUUCCUUUACAGCAAAGCUAAUGGUCUGCCAGGUGCAAUCAUUACAAACACUACAAGGUGUGAAGAUAAAUGUUUCUACUUAAGGGGAAAAUGCAUCUCCAUUACCAGCCGAUUAUGACAGUCUCAGAGUUAAAGCCUCUACAAUGGAUGGUUUUUAUCUGGCCUCUGAGAAAAUGUGGUGAUGAGAUGUGUUCACAUUCUCUGAAUGUUUGGGGCUUCCCUGGUGCAUUCCCGGUAUCCUAAUUGCAUAAGGAGCCUGGUAGUGCCCCAGUACGGGAAGGGCAGCAUGGGAACCCCAGCAAGUUUGGACACCAGUGAUACUAACAGCUAUUAUUUAUUAAGUGCCUACUGUGUCCCUGACCUUUGUGUUAUGCGGUUUUCAUACAUCUUCAGAUCCUCUCAACAACUGGAGGAGUUGGGAAUUGUUUCACUCAUUAGACAGAUGGGAAAGCUAAGACCCCGAGAAGUCAGACAAGCUGCCUAACACCCUGAAGCUCAUCAGUGGUAGAGCUGAGGUUUGAACACAAAUUUGGGUAACUCCACAGCCCACGGCCCUAUAUGCCACUCCGUGCUGCCUGCCUUUGCUCAUUAAAUGAUUGAUUAAAUGGUUGAUCUGUAUGGUACAGACAUUCUUGAGCACACCAUGGGACCAUUUGCCUCGGGGUGAAUGCAAUGAUUUGAACAGUCGUUCAUCCUUCAGGCCCAGUGAGAAAAAAAUGCUGCUGACAACAAACUUGCAUACAUUUAUGUGGGCUCUUUCAUGACAUUUUCUGUGCUUUGAAAACAGUUUUGGUAAUUUUCUAAUCCUACGGUGGCCCUCAGGGGCUUGUUUAGAGAGCCUUUGAGGAGAAGUGCCUUCCUGCUCUGUGUACCUCUUUUUCUCUUUCAUAAAAAUGUUAGAUAUUUAAGGUGUACAACAUGAUGUUUUGAGAUACAUCUACACAGUGAAAUGAUUAUCACAGUCAAGUAAGUUAACAUAAUCCAUUUCCUGAAAUCUACUCUCUUAGUGAAUUUCCAGUGUAUAAUACAGUAUUAUUAACUGGAGUCUGGAUACUAUACAUCAGAGCUCUGGACUUCAUCCUAUGGAACUGCACCCUUUUACCCUUUGACCUACAUCUUCUGAUUCCCUCUACCUCCCCGACCCUGGUAACCACUAUUCUGCUCCCUGUUUUUAUGUAUUCAACUUUUUUAGAUUUCACAUGUAAGUGAAAUCAUGCAGUAUCUGUCUUUCUGUGCCUGGUUUAUUUCACUUAGCAGAAUGUCCUCCAGGUUUCUCCAUUGUGUCCUAAAUGGCAGGAUUUCCUUCUUUUUUAAGGCUGAAUGAUAUUCUGUGGUGUAUAUUGCCUAUAUUUUCUUUAUCCAUUCAUCUGUCAAUGGACACUUGCCAUACCCUUGACCACAGAAAGGGGCUCCUGUCCCAGAGAAGAUGCUGGCCUCCUGAGCGUACAACAGCGCUGGGGAAUGCUCCAGCAGUGCAGGGAAGGGGGCCCCCAGGCAGUCCCGGGGCCACUGGAGACCCCUUCCUUGUGGGAAGAACCAGGAAUUGAGUAGAGGAGAAGCAGCACGGAGGAGGGCCUCCAAGGAGAGAAGAGCCCUUACGGCCACAUCCCUGGAUCUCCCAGGACCAGUUCAACAACGUAGCCUGUGCCUUUUUCUCUCUCCCUCUUCCUCAUCAGCUGUCCUUCCCUUUGCUUCCUUCUGCUUUAUUUCCUGGAGAUGCUCCCAGAGCACCCUGGUGGUAGCAAACUUGAAAAGAGCCCCUGUUUGUGGAAAUGCAAGGGGUUGUGUGACUGCAUUUGCCAGCCCAGGAGAGACCCUGAGGCAGAGCAGCAGAAAGCUCCUGGCCCUCACAGUCAGAGCUCAAAGCCUGUCUCUGCCAGUGUCCACCUGUGGGAUGCUCACAGCAGCCACCUGACAGCCACCAUUUACUGAGCACACCCUGGGCCUGCCAGCCUCAGAUCUGCCCUGGACCUUCCCUGCACUGCACCAGAUCUAGACAGCCUGUCCGCCGCAGACCCUGUUUCCCAGACCCCCUUGUCACCUGGCUCCCCACUGGCUUUGUCCAGAGGGAGCCUGGAGGGUGGGCAGGUGGAGAACCAGGCUACUUCUCCCUCGCUGUUCCUGCCCUGGGGACAUCUCCAGCGGGGUCUGAGUUUCCCCGGGCUCCAGUUCCCGCGGGAUAGACCUCCAUGGUUCCACCUUCCACUAGGGACCCCAGCAACGAGACCCCUUCAUCCCACCAGCCCAGGAGCGGCAGUGGCUUCCUGCUCUCACUAAUCUUGGGGUGUUCCUGCUGGCUUCUCCACUUUGCCAUCACCUCGUUAAAUUCCAUCUCUUUAGAUACUCAAUUCCUGGUUUUCCCUGAAUAAUCACACUUUGUCAGCUCUGAACUAAGCCCUCACCAGCAUUUCUCGAGAUAGCCCUCAGAGACUCUUGUUGUACAGCUGAGGACCCUGAAGCUCAAAGAUGCACAGGGAUUGGUUUAGGGUCACUCGGCUGGUGAGUAGUUCAGCCGGAAUUCAGACCUAGGCCUGUCUAGAGCAUACCUGGGCUUCUACUCACUCCUCUAGUUGCUUCUGUGAGUUUCCGUUUCCCCUUCUCUGAAAGAACCAACAAGAUCUACACUACAGUGUUGUUUGAAGGACUAGAGAGUGCCUGUAGUGUGCCUCCAACCCUGCUUCACACGCCUCGGGACACCUCCAGCAGGUCUGCAGGGAGAGCCAUCUUGUUUUCCAAGUGGCACCCACUGCUGCCAGUGAGUAGUUUCAGUGGCCAGUGUGGAGAGGGCACCUCUUCUGGCCUGUAUGGUGGGCAGUGCCUGUUCUGCACUGGCCAGGGUGUUUGGUUACCCCAAGGAAGGGAACCAAAAGUUAACUCUUUUUCGUUUUGGUUUUUUUUUUUUUGGUCAGAGUUCUUACUGGUUUCUGUGAGUGUGGGUUUGAAGUUGGCACUGACAGAAUCUGUGGUUUGACUGUUUCUUGAAGAAUGUUUAAGCAGCAGCACUGUUUAUUUCUGAGUCCUCAUCCAAGAAUGAGCUCCUUGUGGCAUAAAAAGCACCGAACUCCCACUGAAGCCAUCUUUGUGGUGACAGAGAUGGAACCAUCCUUACCUCGCAACCUAGAAUGCAGUACCAAGAUACUAAAGACACUAAAAACAACUUUUUCUUCCCCUAACAUGAUGGAAUAUUCGAGUCAGAACCCUAAGGCAUCCUCCUAGGGUAGAAUAAGCUUCCAUUUGACAGAGGAGAAAAAUCAAGGCUCAAAGAGGUUAAGGGAUCUGCUUAAGGUCACACAGUGUGGUGUUGGUGGCAGAACCAAGCCUCAUGCCCAAGGCACCUAACUCUGGUUGCCCUGGAGGCUGUGCCCUGGCUCUGCAAGCAAAGCUAGAAGAACUGCUCCAUGUUCGUCAUUGGCUAAGCCUCAGCAGAGCUGUAGGGGAUCAGCUUAGGGACACUGCCCUGUGAUUUUAAUAGACCCAAAUUACUACUGUGGUCACAGAAACAGGCUUGGGAUAACUAUGCCUUUCAGUAAAGAUUUUGUACAGAAAUAUGUUAAUUUUAUUUACUAGGUUGUCUGGCACAUAAUAGCAUGCAUUAAUACAGUAGCUUAAUACUCUCUAUUAAAUAGGCAUACUCUUUGCAUUGUAAAACGAACCUCUCUUUUACGAUGUACUUCACAAUGCCAUGUCACAACGGCACGUGCUCAGAAUAUUACAGCAGGCUUCCAUUCCACCUUCCAUGAAAUACUAAAAAAGAGACCAUCUCUAAUGCAACUCAGUAGCCUGGUGAUUAAUCCAUAAGCACAUUUUUAACUGAGUUCUCCUAGGCCAUUCUUCGUCUUAGGGGCUUCAGACAAAGGUGAGCUUGUGGUUCUGAAACUUUUAUUCUCCCCU